AAAUGGCUUCAUUUCCGGAGCAUCUCUUCUGAAAACGAAGAUCUGAGGAUACAACAGCGGUGUCCUGUGUGCAAGGCAGAACUUUCUAAAGAAACCUUGAUUCUAAUUUUCGAAGGAGACCAAACUAUAAAGACCUCUAAACACAAAGUCCCAAUUCUUGGAAUAAUCAUUCCUAUAAGACCUUUUGGUCUUGCAAGUGGAUUUCGUUCACUAAGAUCAUCUUUCAGAAGUAGCACUCCAAGCCCCACGCAGCAAAUUUAUGACCAUGGUUAUCUUCAUAAUCUAUCUCAGAUAUACUAUUCUGAUCAGCCAAAAACAACAACAACAAACAUGUAUGAUCCAGUGAUUGGAAUGUUUGGGGAAAUGAUUUAUGAAAGGGUGUUUGGUAACUCUAUAACCAUUAUUUAUAGCUAUCUAGGUUCAUAUAAAAUUGCAGGAAGCACCGGCCCUGGAAUGAGAAGGCACAGUUUAGAGGUUGAUAAGUCGCUUACUAGAAUCUGCCUUUUCCUCUUUUGUUGUGGGUUUGUAUUUUUCCUGUCAUUUUGA